GGCUGGGCUGUUUAUUUUAGGAAACAAGUAGCUGUAUCAUUUGCACACGCCCUUAUAGGCAGACACAGGCUCUCCACCUGCAUUCUUCAAAAGAAGGGAGGGCAAGAUGAAGAGCUCUUUGUUGCCGUGCGUGGCCUUGGCCAUCUCCUUGGCAUUCAUCCUCGUGGCAGGUUAUCCACAGGACUCUGAGGACAAGGAGUACGUGCUGGUCAAUAACAAGUGUCAGUGUGUAACCGUGACCUCAAGGUUCGUCCCCUCCAAAGAAAAUCCUGAUGAAGAAAUCCUGGAGAGAAACAUACGCAUCCUAGUCCCCCUGAAGGCUCGAGAGAACAUCUCGGACCCCUUAUCCCCACUCAGAACCACUUUUGUCUACCGCAUGACCGAACUGUGCAAAAAAUGUGACCCCGUGGAAAUUGAGCUGGGCGGUGAGAUAUACCAGGCCCAGCAGAGCACCUCCUGCAAUGAACAUGAAACCUGCUAUACCUACAACAGGGACAAGUGCUACACCACAACCUUCCCAUUCCGCUACCACGGGGAGGUGAAAAACGUUCCAGCAGCUCUGACGCCGGCAUCCUGCUACGCCGAUUAGCUCAGUCACUGUGGUACUAAUGCCUUGUUGAACCCAGUGCUCCUAUCCAAAAAAACAUGUAUAGCACCAUAGGACCUGGACAACAGUGUCCAAAAUAUCAGCUCCCAGCGUAAUGCCAACUUGCCUCUCCAUAUGAUUUUCAACAUCAGAGUAGUGCCAUCUCUUAAGAGCAGCUACCUGUUCUCAUAUCCCUGACAUAUAUCUGCAAUGCCAUUAUUAUAUGGCUCAGACAUUAUCACCCUAUAGACCAGAUACUCAGCACAUGUAAAUGAGUAACUCUCUUGAAACCAAGGGAACUCCACCUACUUACAAUGCUGGGGAACCUGUCUUUUUGACAGUCCUCCAUCGGUCUUUAUCUGAGCAAGGCUCCCAUGAGCAUCAGCAGGAAUGUCUGUGUACUUCUCUCCCAGAGCCAUCUAAAACAAACCUCCGCACAACCAUUAUACAAGACCUUUUGAUUACAUUAGAAAAAUCUGUGCCAUUGUUAGAAGGCUGUUGUACAAUCAUAUUUGAGAGAAAAUAUAAGGGAUGAGACCAAGAACUCAGAUUUCAAAGUUACUUUACAAUUGGGCAUUCUAGACCCUUCUAGCACUUUGACAAUUGCAAGCUUAUAAUUUUCACAUACGCUUAGAGAAGAUCAAAAGAUGCUGCUACAGUGAAGUGUUUUGCAAAAUUGCCAGGACCUCAGCUGUGCCAAGAAUAGUAAACUCUUCUAGGACAUGUUAAGUAUUUCACUUUCCAUGCUUAUUUACUGAUAUUGCUGCCUUCUUCCUCCCCUGUUCCCAGUUCAACCGAUGAAAAAAAAUCAAGUUGGCUCAGAUUUCUUUUCUUGUUCCUCAUUUUGCACUUCAAGCUUCAAGAAAUUCUAUGAAGGUGACUCAACUGCUAGAGCAGCACCCUAGUUAGGGGUUAAUUCCUUUUUUCACACCAGUAGUUUUCUUCAUAAAAGAAACCCUCACCAAAUAAAGAAGCUGAUUCUGUAUUGCACCUUACCUUUAAAUGCAUUAUACUCAGUAUUGCCCAGAGAGACAUCACGUAUCUGAGUGCAGAAGGGGCCCAGCAUUACAUUUGGGAUGGCUGGUAUGUUUCUCACUGUUGUCAGAAGUUGAUUGUAAAGACUGAGAUUGUUCUGAAAAGUCCUUAUCUGGCUUCACACAUAAUUGGAAUAAUAAAAUAGCAAAAGUCUUAUUUCCAUAACUGUAGCUUUGCUAGUGAAACAUUAAAUAAACUUUUUUUCUGCAGCA